GAUCGAACAAGAGCUAAGAAUUUUCUUCUCUGUAGCACAAGGUCAUAUAGCACCAUGUGCUAGAAUUUUGUAAGAAUGUGUGUCCGUAUAGGACAAAAUGAUUGGGGCCACCCCCUUCCUCUUUCCCUUUCCCUUUGCCUUUGUCUUUGACUUUGCUUUUGCCUUUGUCUUUGACUUUGCAUUGCUUGGCCUAUCACCUCACCCAUGCAUGUGCCUUGGCAGCGCCAUCGCUUUUAAGUUCAACUUCGCCUACAACUGGUUUUGAAGCCACUAUAUGUGAGGUCACCCCUCAUAACUGGGACCUCCACUUCAAGCACCUGGCCAUCCUCGCUUCAGUAAAGUCAAAAUGGACCGGCGAAAGAUAAGUUGACAGUUUUAUAGCAGCGCCAAAGAUGUAAAACUUAUUUUGUUCUUUAAAAC